GCAUUUGUGUGUGAUCGCGUGUUGAAAAGAAGAGUCAAGGAAAAAACCUUCCGACUGUGAAGUUGUUGUUUUAGAGCUGCGCGAGACGCGAGAUGACGCGCAUUUAGGUGGAGCGACGCUGAUCCGCUGCCGCGCGUCCACGAGCAGAACGCAAGAGGUUAUCCGAAUCCGACCCGCCGCUGGUACAGUCGCUCUUAUCGCGGGAUGAUCGCGACCGCGUCUCUACUGGCUUCUGAUAAAGCACGUUUCCACGGAUCUUUAAACCUCUCGUGACAGUGCUCUGAUGUGCGAUGAUGCUGUUUGUGCUCCUGAUGCUUCAUUGGACGACGCUCGUCACAUCUCUUCAUGAGUCGAGCCGUACCACAGGACGGCAGGACGAUGUGGUCUUGCCCAUUAUUUAUAAAUGCCGUUCACCAAACAUGGAGGUCUUCACCUGUCAUUGGAAACCACUUGAUCAUGAAGAAAACAUCACCUAUACGUUCUUGUACACUCUUGAGAAGGAUGUCUUUAAGGAGUGUCCGGAUUACGUGACCGCUGGUCCGAACAGCUGCCACUUUGAUACCAAACACACUCAGAUGUGGCAGGCCUACUGUCUGAACGUCACGGCACACACCCGCAGAGGUCCUAUCACAUCACCUACAAAAUGUUUCGAUGUUGUGGAAAUAGUGGAGACAGAUCCGCCCUUUAACUUAUCUUACAGCAAGCUGAACAAAACCGACGAUGAAUCGGGUCACAUCUUUCUUGUGUCCUGGUUGUAUCCGACCGGACUUGACGUCAAAACCGGCUGGCUCACACUGGAGUACGAGCUGAGAUACAGACAUCUGUCAGAGCCUGACGAAUGGAAGGUAAAGGAACGCUUGCGUGAGACUCAUCUGGAGUUGCUUGAUCUUCCGAUGGGCGGUUAUGAGCUGAUGGUGCGCUGUCGAUCAGAUAAAAGUCCUUUAUGGAGCAGAUGGAGCGAUCCCAUCCAUUUCACCGUCACUACUGGACGCCUGCCGUUUCACAUGUUGGUGAUCAUGUUGGUAACAGCCAUCGCUGUCAUGACCUUCCUCAUCAUUGGCUUUGGGCUCAUUCCACAGGGCAAGAGAAUUAAAGCAUACCUCCUGUCACCCAUUCCCAAACCGCGCAUCCGAGGUCUGGACCCCAUGCUCAUCAAGAAGGGGAAAAUCGAUGAGAUCAAUCAGCAUUUCUCCACUUUUCAUGGCUAUAAGGCUCCGCAGUACUGUAUGGAGACAUGGUAUCAGGUCAGCUUGGACGUGAGUCCGGCCACAGCGCUCAACGGUUUGAUGUCUUAUUAUAAAGAGGAGGACAGAGCGGCCCCCCAGCAUCAACCCUUCCUUCAGACCAACCAGAGCCCUGCGCUUUACUGCCGAACGCCUGCUGAGCAAGCCUCCUCUUACUGCCGCACACCCGCCGAGGUAGACAAACCCCCUGAGAAUACUACAGAGGCGGGGCCAGACCCAAGCCACGCCCAUCCAGAGCUGGUGUCCUUCCCAGGAAUGGACUACAGCAUGAUUGUAAACCCCGCCCCUGCUGAGAGCGCCGUGAGGCAGCACAGUCCUCUGGAUUUCUACACCUGUGUGGGUGAGAUGAUGCCCGGUGGGGCGGUUCGUCUGGUGUCCUGUCUGCCUGAGCCAAUGAAAAGCACCUCCUACCUGCAGUUUAAAGACGGAGCGGCGGAGCCGGACAAGAGCAUUCAGUUAGCAGCUCUUCUGAAGAGACAGAUGGAGGAGAUGAUCGGUGCCGAUGAUACGGGUGAGACGACAGAUCAGAGGGAAUGUGACGUGCCUUUACUGCCGCAUUCAGACGACAAACACUGAGACUCACAAACACAAGCUGUUCAAACACGCACAUGAACGCGAUGUACAAUCACACAUCACUUACAGGGUUCAAAUACUUUUCUUUCACUCUUAUAUUUUUACUGGUAAACAUCUGCUUAAGAAAUGUUUUGGUGUUUAAAGAACAUGUGCAUGUCCAGGUCAUGAGGUUCUGCAGAGCGGCUCCGUUUACCAGAAAUUUAAAAACUGUGACGCUAUCUUCAAACGGUCAGACGUGCCUACAGACAGAAAUGACGCCGUUUAUAUUUUCAGACGGCCAUGUAGUUUGUAACUUACGCGUAACCAAAAACACGAAAUAGAUUCCUCAGACAUGUGUGAAUAAUUCCAAGCGGCAACCUUUCGAUCUCUCUUGAGUGAUAUCAGCAACCAGGCAACUAAGCCCAAACCACGUAACUCUUUGCCCAUUUCCGGGAGCGACGCACGGUGACACGCUCCUAAGAUGGCGACGGCUGGCUUCCCGCGGUUUAAGCUUCAAAAAAGCAACUCAGAAACCUACGGGUGACAUCACGGACACUACGCACGUGUUUUAUACAGUCUAUGGUGAACACUCAACAUUGUGCACCUGAUGUUCCUUAGAAAACACAAUCUGUUACAUUACCCACACGAUACAAACAUGACUAUAUACAUUAACUGAAGAAAGCUAGCAAAAAUCUUCUCUCUACAUGUUUGUGUAGACAAAGUCAGAGUCCGCAUUGGAAGCUGGAUUUAAUCCCACAUUUGUAGAGCGGUUUAGCACAAACACAAACAUCCACACAUGAGUCACUAUGUGAAUGCUUGUGUGUUUUAAACAUGAAUAAAUGUAAAUGUAAAAAAACAGUGUUCAAUAUAAACAAACCGAUCUCAACAUCUGAUCACAGCUGAACAAAUCUCUUGAAUGUUGUUGCCGUAGCCAUUCGCCCAUUACACUAACAAGCUGUUCUGUUGUUAAGUUCUGAGCUUGAACUUGAUUUUUAUUUGAUUUUCAUUCACUACAUUUACAAGUUCAAGCCAUUAAUGCAACACACACGCGCGCACACCAAAGACUGUAUACAGUAUAACCAGCUGAAAGCCUCUUUAUAUUCACCUCUGAACACACUUCAUCACCAGCUGAAAGACUCAACAUCACAGCACUACUGCAGGAUUGAAGUCAUGUAUGGAGUAAAUAUGGUGAAUAUAAGAUGAAUGUCAAAAAAUUCUGAGAGUCUGUUCAAUAGAUAUCAUUGAGAAGAUAUGAUGAUACGUCAAAUGUUACAUGAUAAUGUUUUUAUACAUUCUUAUUCUUUAACCACCCUAAACUUUGACACAUCAGAAUCAUUUUUGCGAUACCUCCAUAUAUUUAACUUGCACACAAAUGUCAUCAUCACAACAUGAUCUGUUUAAGUGAUGUCUAAGGCAUUAAUAUAUACAUAAAUAUGUGGAUGAUUUUAACUCAGGAAGUGAUGUCAUUCUGCAGGAAAACUAGCAUUGUCACACAGAUAAAAAAAGAUAUUAAAGACAUAAACGAUUAUAAAUGACUUUGAAUAAAAGAAAACAUUUGAUCUUCAUUAGUUAUCUGUUUGUACAGUCACUCGGGUGAAGUUUGUGCUCGUUUUAUUUGUCUACGUUUGUAAAACUGUCAUUUAUGUGUGGUUUAUUUGUUAAGUGCGUGUGUGUAUUAGAGACGUCAACACUGUGUUAUUUGUACACUGCUUCUCUUUCAGUUUUCUCUUGAUUUUUUUUCUCGUUUGGUGUUUGUUGUGCCUUUAAAUACUCACUGCAGGUGAUAGAGAUGAAAUAUAAAGCUCUUCUGUAUUUUAUGAAAGAUUUAAACAGUAAUAAAUAAGAUGACGGGAUGAAUGAUAAAUGAGAAUUACACUAUAUAUUGCGAGUAUAAACUGAUUUUUGUACAUAAGAUUAUUUUUGUGAACUUUCUGACCUUAAAGGGAUACUUUAUCAAAAUUACCAAAUCAAAAUUUCCACGUUUUACUCACCCUCAAGGCAUCCUGACUGAAUAUGGUUUUCUUUUUGAAGAAUAGUGCGGGAUUAGAAUGUGAGUGAAUGGGUGUUGACUUUUGAAGCUCCAAAAACUGCAUCCAUGGAUGAAAGAACGACUCGACACGCCUCCGUGGUCUUAACAAAGGUCUUCUGAAGCGACUUGUGAGUUUGUUUAAGAGAAAUAUCCAUAUUAGCUAAUAACGUUGAUGUCUAUCUUCUGGUUCACGCGCAUUCCUUUUUGGAGCUUCAAAAAAUCAACACCCAUUCACUCCCAUUCUACCGCUUGGAAGUUAAAUGAUUCGUGGUAUUAUUAAUCCGACUGCAUUGUUUUUCGAGUAGAAAACCAUAUUAAGUUAGAAUGCCUUGAGGACGAGUAAAACAUGAGGAAAUUUUGAUUUGGUAGUGAAGUAUCUCUUUAAAUAUUGUCGAAUGAACUUUGUCAUCUGUGGGGAAAAUGCAUUCAUGAGUGCUCAAUAAAGGUGAAAUCUGAUGGGCUGAA